UUUUUGAAAGAUUUUUAAAACGUAGCAGCAGCUGUGCAAGUCCCCGUCUUUCACUUUGUGUUCUGUGAUUGUUUGUCUGAUUUAGGGAAGUGGAGAGAAAUCAAUGGCGUUUGUUUCUCAAUUAAAUCAACUUCCGUGCAAGACUCUCUCAUUGAAUCCACCGCAGCCUCAAUUGAUUUCCAAGCCCUCGAUUGUCCCCAUCGGUUCGAUUGGGGCCGGCGUCAGAGCCGCGGCGGGGAAGUCGCCGAUCUCAGCUAGACCUGCGUUCAAGGUCCGUGCGGUGGUGAACGAUGACGAGUGGGGCGCGGAGAAGGACGAGCCGUAUGGAGAUGGCCCGGCUGUGGCGGUAGCUGAAGAGGAGGAGGAGAAGCCUCUGGAGCCAUCGGAGAUUUAUAAGCUGAAGAAGGCGUUGGUGGACUCCUUUGACGGGACCGAUCGUGGAUUACGAGCGUCUAGCGAAACUAGGGCGGAGAUUGUCGAGCUGAUUACGCAACUCGAAGCGAAGAAUCCAACACCUGCUCCUACUGAGGCCCUGACUCUGCUCAACGGCAAAUGGAUUCUCGCGUACACAUCGUUCUCGGGUAUGUACCCACUGUUGUCUAGGAGUACAUUUCCAUUGGUCAAAGUGGAAGAAAUUUCACAAACAAUUGAUUCAGAGAGCUUCACCGUCCAAAACUCCGUCCAGUUUUCCGGCCCUCUAGCCACCACUUCCAUUAGUACUAAUGCAAAGUUUGAAGUUAGAAGUCCCCAGCGUGUACAGAUCAAGUUUGAAGAAGGUGUCAUUGGGACUCCCCAGCUAACGGAUUCAUUAGUGAUACCAGAAAAUGUGGAGUUUCUUGGGCAGAAGAUUGACCUUUCACCAUUCAAUGGCAUCAUAUCCUCCAUUCAAGAUACUGCUUCAAAUGUGGCCAGGACGAUAUCGAGCCAACCACCGAUCAAGUUCUCAAUCCCUAACAGCAAUGCCGAGUCUUGGUUGCUAACUACUUAUCUCGAUGAAGAUCUUCGAAUUUCACGAGGAGAUGGUGGUAGCGUGUUUGUACUCAUCAAGGAAGGCAGUGCUCUCUUAUCUCCCUAAAUAUCUCCACUCUCCUCACUAUCCUCUGCUGUUCCGAGGGGAUAAUGGAGUUCUAUAAAGGGUCCAUACGAAACUAAAUUAUUAUCUAAAAAUGCUGCUAUACGUGUUGUAGUUUCUUCUCAAAUAGUGAAUGGUAUUGCCUCCUGUUAAUAAAAGGGCCAGCUUCAAUUAUCCAUGUCUUUUGUCAUUUGAGUAUCUUUUGGGGAAAGGAACACCAUUAAUCUUGUACCACACAGUACAAAAAUCAAAGUUAAUCAAAAGGUGUGAAAAGCUUGUUUGGAUUGAA